AUGUCAAUUGUUUCACUAUUAGGUAUCAAAGUUUUAAACAAUCCAGCUAAAUUCACUGAUCCAUACGAGUUUGAAAUCACUUUUGAAUGUUUAGAAUCUUUAAAACACGACUUAGAGUGGAAACUUACCUAUGUUGGGUCCUCUCGUUCCCUAGACCAUGACCAAGAAUUGGACUCCAUCCUGGUAGGCCCCGUUCCCGUAGGUGUUAAUAAAUUUGUGUUUUCCGCUGAUCCACCCUCUGCUGAACUGAUUCCUGCCAGCGAACUGGUUAGUGUGACCGUCAUUUUAUUAAGUUGUUCUUAUGAUGGGAGAGAGUUCGUUAGAGUCGGCUACUACGUGAAUAAUGAGUACGAUGAAGAAGAGUUAAGAGAGAAUCCACCAGCAAAAGUGCAAGUUGACCAUAUUGUAAGAAAUAUACUGGCUGAAAAGCCAAGAGUAACAAGAUUCAACAUCGUUUGGGAUAAUGAAAAUGAAGGAGAUUUGUACCCGCCUGAACAGCCCGGUGUAGAUGAUGAAGAGGAGGAGGAUGACGAAGAGGAAGACGACGAUGAAGAUGACGAAGACGACGAAGACGACGACCAAGGAGACGGAGAGGGAGAGGCAGAAGAAGCGGCAGAGGAAGAGGAAGAGGAGGAAGAGAAGACUGAAGACAACGAAACGAAUCUUGAGGAAGAGGAGGAAGACAUAGAAAAUAGUGACGGUGAUGAAGAAGAAGUAGAAGAAGAAGUAGGUUCUGCAGACAAGAAUGGGGACGGCAAUGAUAAAAAGAGGAGGAAAAUAGAAGAUCAGCCCACAGAUAUUGAAUCUACUCCAAAGGACGCGGCAUCCUCAACGAACUAA